AUGCAUCUCCUCCCGAUCUCUCUGGCCGUCUCCUGCCUCCUGUCCCUGGCCGCCGACUCUCUUGCCGCACCACAUCCCAAUGUAUUCACCGGCGCGCACAUCGGCCUCUCGCGCAGAACGCCCCAGCGCCGCAGUCCGGACGACGUCGCUGCGUCCCUGCAGCGACGUAAGCUGGCCCUGGAGGCCAAGUAUGGCAUCGGCCAGGCUAAGAACAAGAAGCGGGCCAGUGGAAUGAACUUAAUCACAGAUCAGAAUGCGGACUCGAGCUACUUCGGCUCAUUAGCGAUCGGCACACCCGCCGUGUCAUUCGACGUCAUCCUCGACACCGGCUCGUCCGACCUCUGGCAUCCCAAAUGGGAUCUCGAACUUCAACGCAGCGCCUCGAGCACGUUCAAGUCGCUCAACCAGAGCUUCUCCAUCACAUACGACUCGGGCGAGGCAGAGGGCACGCUCGCGCAGGACUCCGUGCAGAUGGCGGGCUUCGAGGUGAACUCGCAGGUGUUCGCGACGGUCACGGAGGUGUCGAGCAACGUUCUGAACGCACCGGUGUCGGGUCUCAUGGGCCUCGCCUGGCAAGCCAUCGCGUCCUCGGGCGCGACGCCAUUCUGGCAGGCGCUCGCAGGGUCGAACACCACGCUGACGGACGGCCUCUUCGGUGUGCAGCUCACCCGGUACAACAACGACUCGAAGGUGACCUCGCUCGAACCGGGAGGAACGUUCUCGCUCGGCGCGGUCAACACGAGCCUGUUCACGGGCGAAAUCGACUACCAACCCAUCCCCUCCGGUCAAGUGGGCUACUGGAUCCAGCAGAUCAGCGCAUUGACCGUGAACGGCGCCGCUGUCAACGUCGGCACGGGAUCCUCCGCAUACGCAGCAAUUGACACGGGCACAACCCUCGUUGGCGGCCCGGCGUCGGUCAUUGCCUCCAUCUACAGCAAAAUCCCGGGAGCGCAGGCCGGUACAGGCCAGCUCGAGGGCUACUACACAUACCCCUGCUCCCAGGACGUCACCGUCACGCUCAAGUUCGGGUCCUCCUCGAUCGCGUGGCCGAUCGCGUCGGACGACUUCGAGUUCGAGGCGGCGGACCAAGCGGGGAAGACGUGCAUCGGCGCGUUCUUCGAGGUCGACAACACGGGCACGACCGCGCCCGCGUGGAUCGUCGGCGACACGUUCCUGAAGAACGUGUACUCCGUGUUCAAGUACAACCCGCCGUCCGUCGGCUUCGCGCAGCUCUCGGCCGCCGCGCUCGGGAUGAACGGCGCGAGCGCCCCCGCGCCGAGCGCGACCAUCGGCAGCGUGCAGGCCGCGGUGAGCGCGACGGGCACGACCACCAAGGGCGCGAACCGCACGUCGAACGCCGCCGCGCGCGUGGAGGGCGGCCUCGGCGUCGGGUUCCUGUCCGCCGCCGCCGCGGCGCUCCUGGCCAGCAUGCUGCUGUGA